AUGGCUUGCACAUCGGAGGAACUUGGCUUUAGGCAGGGAGAUGAGAUUGAGGUCUUCUAUCAGAUGCCUUUUCCGGAGGACCAUGGAAAUGAGCGAGUCGAACUCGUGGGAGACAGAUGGAUACUAAGUGCGAGCCCCUCACUCGGGGCGAACCGGCCUCGUAUUGGGUGGACACAGAGGUGGCUCCCAGCGAUCGUCACUGAUGUGGUGACAGGUGCGACAAUAGCUGGUGACAAGAAAGUUGAAGCCAUCAAGUUUCGCUGGGAGCAGCUGCAAUGGUAUGACUGGGCGACUGGAGAUCAUAUUUCCAUCACUAAAGAUCCAAAUGCUUUGGUAUCAGAGGUCAGCCUUCAAAGCGUUCGAGCUAGAACUGCCAAUGCAUGGAAUGUCCAUGCAAACAUGCCAUCAACAUUUAGCGGUGUGUAUCGAAGAAGAUCUGAAGCAACGGUGGGUGGGUGUGAGGUUUCAGUCUCCUUCAUCAUAUUUCAAUGGGGUGCAGCAAAGAUCCCCAUUGACUAUGACUCUCAUUCAUGGGGUGAGGAAGGCUCUACCAUUUCCAAUCGAUUCAUCCGCACCUUCUUCAAGGAGGCAGUGACGCCUAAACUAGCUCACGACUACGAGGUGCUGACCGUGUUCAUCCAGCACAGCGACGAGUUUCCUCGGCUUUCCCCCGAGUUCCUGCUGUCGGUGUGUCGAGGAAGAAUCAUUUCCGCGUUUUACUUUCUGUGGCCCAUUCAAGGACUUCAGAGCUACGGUGAGAUGCGUCCAACGGCUGCUGCAUAUGUCGAUUCGGAGCUGCUGUUCCAGCUAGUUGCCCGAAUGGAGGCAUGUGGAAUCAGUACGUGUUGGCCACAUCCAUUACAGCUUUGGAAGAAUUUAACCUCCAAAGAAUGGAUGGUCAGUUUGUGCAUUUGUCCUCAAUUUCAGAUUCCUCUAACAACGCGUCUCUCCAAGAGUCUGGUCUUGCAAAACCCCUUGAGAGCUGCUUUCUUGGCUUUAGAGACAUUGAAGCUUUUGAAGAAGGAUCGACAGGCACUCAGUGCAGAUUGUGGCGAAGCCAUGUCCGAGGAAGUUGUGGCGAAGCUUGGAUACAGCUAUGAAGGUGUUGACGUGAAAAUGGUCAAAGGACAGCAGCAGCUUGCAGAAGCAAUGUACUUCUUGUUGACUCAGCCAAACUACACCAAUGACUGCGUCUACGUGCAGGAACGAGUCCAGACAGCUUUGGAAGCCAGAUGUUUUUUGGUGAACGGGAAACUGGUCCAGAUUCUGUACACCAGGUUUGCAAGGAUCGAUGGCAAUGGGUAUGUAAGAGACUAUGAAAAGGAAUCCGCGGAAGAUCGUGCCCGGCGCGACUGGUUCUUUGACGAUCAUGCUGCGUGGCAAAAUGCCUUGGAGCAGAUCCAGUUUGGACAUACCAGAAGUCCGCAACGGCAACGCACUGGCUUGGCCAGUUUCGAUGCCGGUGGUCAUUUCAAUCUAGAAGGCCCACCUCCAACACCAUUCUGUCAGAAGCUUUGCAACAAGUCGAACAUUGACCUGAGAGGUGCCAAGACUUGCAAGGAGCUUCCCGAGGAAGACUGCAAGGCACUUGGCUUCUACCAAAAGAAGCAAGGUGAGUAUCGACUUUGCAUUUGGCAGCCCCAGUGGAAAUGUACAGAAGACUGGACGACUGCCUGUCUACUUUCGGAGCUCCAAUGUGAUGGUCCCACUUCGAGCGCCAGGGGUUUUUGUCACUCGUUGUGCUACAAGACAGACCUGCGAAGUAUCGACAGUUUCUGCCACUUGCUCUCUCCUGAGGAGUGCUCAAGCGGUCAGUUCUACGAAAGCGACGGAGAUGGCAAUCGCAGAGAAUGCAAGGAAUUGAGUGGAUCGGAUUCGAUUUCCUGCGUUGCAUCUUCCCAAGCUGAAUGUCCAGGCAGAAACAUCACUUGCCCAGGAAACAUUGACUUUGAACAGAGCGAAGAGCUGAACAGCUCCGAGUGCCGCUCGAUGUGCUACAGAACCAACACAGCAGUGUCAGGUUUGUCUUGUGCGGACUUAAGCCUUGCGCAUUGCAGUAGUGCCCAAUUCUACGAAAGUGAUCGGCAUGGUCACCGGCGCUUGUGUGUCCCGCACGGGAACAGGUGCGCCGCUGAUCCAGCGCGCUCUUGCUCUGGAAAUGUCGCACCUUGCUCUGAUGACAGAAGCCAUCCUGCAUCUUCUCUGCCACCAUUGGUUUUUACAACCACAGCGGCAUCCAGCUUGGCAAAUUCCUCUGAGAGGUUGCUUGCCAACGAAGUGCCACACUUUUGCCUGUCUCUCUGCGAGAAGACUGACACCCGCAGCAUGAACGCUUCUUGCGCUGACUUGCCUGCAGCUUCAUGCGAAUCUCAAGAUUUCUAUGAAACAGACAGUGGGGGUAAAAGAAGACUUUGCUAUCAAAGCGGUGGCAAAUGCCUACAAGACUCCUCUAAAGUCUGCGACGAACAAUAUUCACUGUGUAGGAGUGGGCAUGCGGAAGCCAACUCUCUUGAGUUAAAUGGCUGCUAUUUGUAUUGCGACAAGAUCAACACAAGGAGCAGAAACAAAUCAUGCGAAGAUCUUUCUGAGAUGGAAUGCCUGAGUGGGAUCUUUUACCAGAGUGACCACGAGGGCACAAGGAUAAUGUGCAGUUCUGCUGACAAGGGCUGCUUUGCGAACGUCUCCACAUCUUGUGAGGCCAAUCGGCCAAUAUGUCAUGGACUGGAUUCAAAACCGAGAAAAGCCUCUGUGGUCAGAUCCGACAAGUUUGCUGUGCACUCCUAUGGUGGCUCCCCAGCUCACGAAGCCUUUGGUGGAGCUGAGGUCCAUAGUGGUGCUGCCAGGUUCAAGAUGUGUGUGAUUGUUGCUGCUCUUUGCAUGGUGUCCUAG